AUGAAACACAGUCCCUCUGAUGACAUACCUUUGGAGACCAAGCUACAGCAACUGGAGUGUCACUUCACCUGGGAUCUGGCCAAAGAAAGUGCAGACCUGUCAGAUCUUCAGACCAGGCUGGAGGACCAAAUAGAGCUGGACCUGGGGAAAAAAGCUGGGGCAAUCAGAUCAUAUUGUUUUUUAGCCUACGUCAGGUACCUACAAGGAUUCCUAGAUGAUGCCCUCACAAACCUGCUCAAAUCAGAGGAGAAGGGAAGGGAAUACCAUGGUGAUGAUUGUGAGCGAUUUCUCAUCAUUACCUAUGGCAACCUUGCCUGGCUACACUAUCACCGAGGAUCAUACUCCCAGUGUGAGAGCUACUUGGAAAAGCUAGUGGGUAUAAAAGAGAAGUUCCCCACUGCGUCACCGACUGAGCUUCACCCAGAAGUCUAUGGUCAGAAGGGCUGGACCUACCUCAAGUUCGCCCACAAGUACAGGCAUAUAGCAAAGCAGUGUUUCAAAAAAGCCUUGGAGCAGGAGCCAGAUGAGAGUGAGUGGAACGCUGGCUAUGGCAUUGCUCUACACCGCACAGAAAGCAAGAAGACAAGAUUAGAAGACUCGCAGGUGGUAAAGCAACUCAGACGAGCCCUCGAUAUAAACCCUGGAGAUGCCGUUCUAAUGGCGUUACUAGGCCUGAGACUGAAGAUGUUCAAAAAGCAUAAUGAGGCUAAGAGGCUGAUUGAGGAGGCUCUUGAGAUGGAUCCUAGCAACCCCCAUGUCAUUCGCUAUGUCGCAAAAUACUUCCGCCAAAGUGGCUCUGUAGACCACUCCAUUGCGUUGCUCAAUACUGCUGUGGAGCGUACUCCUAACUCAAGCUUCCUUCACCAUCAGAUAGCUCUGUGCUACAGGAAGAAGAAGGAUGACCUGUUCCGUACAGGAGGUGCCAGGGGCAAGGAACGUGAGGUCAGACAGCUUAUCGCUCAGUGCAUCCAUCACCUGCAGCUGGCUACAACUCUGAAGUCUAACUUCAUUUUAGCUAUGACUGAUCUUGCUCUGCACUACGGGCAGAAUAAAGAAAUUGCCCGGGCCGAAGAAAUGUUCCAGGAGACAUUCAAAGCUGCAAAGGAGAACCAUGACAAUGUGCAGAUAGUACACCAUUACUAUGGGGAGUUCCAGCAGUACCAGAAGAAAUCCGAAACACUAGCUAUCAAGCACUACAAGGAGUGUUUGACACUUGGGCAUGAUACAGUUGAGGGGAAGCAGAGUGCCCGUUCCCUGAAGAAGAUAGCAGAGAAACGUCUGGCCAGAUAUCCCAGAGACAGAGAAGCCUUGGGAAUCCUGGAAUUCGUCCAAAGGGCAAAGGUAGCGAAGCCGUUUGAUGCUAACAAUGACGAGUAUCUCAGUACCCUGUUUGACCAACAAUUGUCUUUGAAGUAA